AUGUCGAGAACGAGUCAAAACAUGCGCAGCUUGAAUACUGAAACAGAUCAGCCGGAAAGCUCUGGUACCCAGAAGCACUAUGCUGGUCGUCUUUGCAUUGCAAGACUUGCAGAAAAUUACCCUCCUGGUUUUCUUAGGAAGGUAUUGGCAGAGAUAAUUGGGACAUAUCUGUUGGUGUUUGUGGCAAGUGGGACGGCUGCACUGAGUGCAUUUGACGAGCAGAAAACAUCAAGACUAGGAGCUGCGCUUGCAGGAGGAUUCAUUGUGAUGGUGAUGAUUUAUGCCAUCGGACACAUCUCCGGGGCCCAUAUAAACCCAGCAGUCUCCUUAGCUUUCGCCGCUCUGGGCCAUUUUCCAUGGAAACAGGUUCCGUUUUACGUGGGAGCUCAAAUGACAGGAGGCAUUUCGGCCUCUCUUACGCUGCGGCUAUUAUUGCAUCCUAUAAAAGAGCUUGGAACAACUUCACCUUCUGGAACAGAUGCUCAAGCUCUGGUCAUGGAAGUCUUGGCUACUUUCACUCUCAUGUUCGUGAUUUGCGCCGUCACAACUGAUGCAAAAGCUGUUCGAGAGCUGGCAGGAGUUGCAAUAGGCAUUUCAGUGUGCAUAGCAGGCAUCCUUGGAGGACCAAUAUCAGGGGGAUCGAUGAACCCAGCAAGAACAUUUGGUCCUGCAAUAGCAAGUGGAUCCUAUAAAGGAAUUUGGGUCUAUCUGGUUGGACCAGUCGUUGGGGCCAUUUUAGGGGCAUGGUGUUACAGUAAUAUCAAGGAGAAUGAUAACUCUGCUACUUCUUCCCCCGUUAAACUACAUUCGUUUCUAUUCAAGCUACGCUCCAUGAAUAAGGAAACAGAGAAAGUUGGUGGGAAAGACGAUCCACACGUCCUGCGCGCGAACAGUGUUUAA